AUGUCUGCCUAUGCCACUGAAAAAGCCGUCGCCAUUGCAGCUGUCACGGCUGCCGCCAAGUUGUGCCAAUAUGUUCGUAAAAAUACGCUGGAAAAUGCAAUGGAAAAGGACGACAAAAGUCCCGUGACAAUCGCGGAUUAUGGGGCCCAAGCCGUGGUAUGCAAGGCAUUGCUGGAGUCAUUUCCCACGGAUCCUGUGGUGGCUGAAGAGGAUGCUGGGAAUCUUUGCGGUAGAAAUCUGGAACGAGUGACGGAAUGCGUCCAAACGGUAGAGUCACAGGCGAACCAUGAGGAUAUUCCAAGAUGGAUUAAUCAUGGCAAUGGCACUGUGUCACAGAGAUAUUGGACACUGGACCCCAUUGACGGCACCAAGGGAUUUUUGCGAGGAGAUCAAUACGCCGUCGCGUUGGCACUUGUGGCAGACGGUCAAGUCCAAGUGGGUGUCAUGGCGUGUCCUGCUUUGGAAGAAGCGGGUGCUCUAUUUGUGGCGGUUCGUGGACAAGGGGCUACCAUGCAACGGUUGUCCACUCAUGAUGGCAAUGUCAGUACUAGUAGUAGUCCUCCAUCCAUUCGAGUGUCCAACGAGAAUCCCAGAAUGGUGGAAAGUUGGGAAUCCGCACACAGCAAUCAACCAUUGCAAAAAGCCAUUGCUGCCGCCACGGGAAUGACCACCGAUUCUAUCCGAAUGGAUUCGCAGGCCAAAUACGGAAUUGUAGCGUCUGGUCAAGCGGCGCUCUACCUUUGCCUUCCCAAUCCCGGCAAACCACACUAUAAAGAGAACAUUUGGGAUCAUGCGGCGGGAUGCCUAGUGGUGGAAGAAGCGGGCGGAACCGUCACGGAUAUGCAUGGCAAUUGUCUGGAUUUCACACAAGGAGAAAAACUGAUGGGGACCGGUGUAGUGGUGAGCAAUGGGGAUAUUCACUUCAAGGUAUUGCAAGCACUCCAGCAACAUCUGGAUGGGAAAGCCCCUGACAAAUGA